AUGCCCAGAAGAAGGGAAGCUGACAAUGUCCAGGGCUGGAAGGAAAGAUUUGUUCAGCUGAUGAAGAUGCGUAAACCACAGGACAAGUGGACGUUGGAUGUGUCCGAUGACCUCAGUGGCUCUUCAUAUGGGUGGUACACGUAUGACCAGAAGCCGGUUUUUGCCAGGUUUGAGUGUUCCAGUUGUUCAAAAGAGUGGAAGUCUGCCCAGGUGGUUGUUCGCUUCCACAUGCGCCUGGAGAGCAGCAGGUGGGGUUCGAGCCAAGGCCAGGUGAAGACGAGGCUAUUCGGACAGAGAUGUCGUAGAUGUCUGCAGGCCACGUAUGAGGUGCCCAUCUUCAGUGAGGAGGCUGCUCACAAACUCCUCCACAAUUUGGUUCUGAAGAUCCUGGAUAAAUGCUAUGGGGAGCCCCCCCAAAAUUCUCACUUCUUUAAGCAUGAUGCUGAGGAAGAUGUGGAGGGUCCACAUGACAGAGACAACUGUGAGGCAUGUCAGGAUGGAACCUGUUUGGCAAGACCGGCUUUCCUUGCUCAGUCUGCACAGCAGAAUGAUUUUCCAGACAUCUUGGGUUUUCUCCGUUUACAUGUUCACAAUGCCACCUCUGCUGGUCUUCACAUCAAGUCAUUAUCCUGUUCCAUGUGCAUUGGGAGCGACAGGGAAGGCGAGGACGGGUCAGAAUGA